AUGGCGAGAGUGACGGUGAACGAGAUUAAAAAAAUGAUGGAAAUGGAGAAGGACAUGACUUGCGUUCUGGAUGCGAAUAACAGACUGAUGAAGAAGAGCGGCGAGGCUUUGGAAAAGCACAACACUAUAUCAGAAAAGCAGAUGACAGUGUUGGAGAAACACACAGAAGUUGUGAAAGAGAAUACGGAAAUGUUGAAAGAGAACACUGAAGUUAUGAAAAAGUACAUCGAACUGAUCGGGAGACAAUUGAAAGAGAGAAAAAGAAGUGAUCGAAUUCGUGUACCCAGCAGCUCAUCAGAUAUAAUGGAAAUUCCUGUUCCACCGCCACCUCCACCACAGGAACCAAUGAACAAAAGAACGAAGCUGGAGGAAUCGAACAACAAAAGUUUUGGCUGGGGCCAAUCUCUAUCGAACAAUAUUCCAGUGUGGCAAACUCCUAAUGAAAUGAGCCAACCGAAGUUAAUAGAUAUUCCACUAUCCCUUAGUGUGUUUCCGAAUGCAACACCAAACGGAUCUCAAAGCCAGAACUUGAUGGUUUCUCACCAAAGAGCUCGUAAUUUGUUUCAGUCAUUCGAGAUCAAAAAAGCGUCAGGAUGCAUAUAUUGUGGCGAGACCAACUUCAAACAUUGCAGCGAAAAGUGUAAUGUUUUAAAAGACAGUGCUUCCAGAAUGAGUUUCAUGAAAAUGAACAAAUUGUGUCUUACUUGUGCGGAACCAUUGUUCCGGUGUCCAGACGCCAGUAGAUGUCGUUACGUGUCCAGACGAUGUAAUCACUGCGACGGAAAUCAUUUGAAUGCUUUGUGCACAGUGAAAUACCCACCACCUAACCAUUUUACAUUUUAG